AUGGCAGACAAUCGAGGGAUGAUGGAAGGUAUUGGAGGACCAGUUCGAAUGGAUCAGUAUUCUCUGAAUGGCAUUGAUCCUGCCUUGGACGCUUGUUGUCAACGAGAGUUGGAAUCCAACCGCAAAUACAACGCUCUAACAAGUACGUUGCAACGACAUGAUCGCAUUGCCACAGCAGAAGAACGUCGUCGACAUGCGCGGAAUUUGGUCAAGACUUCCAAUUUUGAAGGAUGUCGAUGCUGUUAUGAUCCUAAUAGUGAUGGAGGAGGCGAUUACCGUGCCUUGAUUGAGUACAAACAGCUAAAGCGACAAGAUGAAGACCAAGUGCAAGCACAGGACGAGGAUGCUUACGGCAUGUCCUUGCGUGAGAAAGCCCCAACUUCUGUACCUGAUAGACCUACUGAAAGUGAAACUGACAGUGAUGAUGAUAGUGAUUUUGACUAUUUACUGGAUGAUGACGAUUUGCCGGGAGCCAGUGCCAACAAGCAAUGGGAAGAAGCCCGCAAAGCAGAGUUGGAAUAUCAGAUAUGGAGCAAUCAAGUGGCUAUGCAACACGGGUUUGGAGUACACCGACAGCAUCACCCAGCACGAGUCCUCAAAGUAGCUGGAAUCAAGGGACCCAAAGAGGUAUCCUCUGCCAAUGCACGGCAGCCACCUCCAGCUGUGGUUUUGCACCUGCUGGACGCGGACGCCUUGUCGAGUGCGUCAUUGGAUUACUACCUUGAAAACACAUUGGCACCAGCCAACAUGGGGACCAUGUUUUUGCGAGCUCCUGGACGGGGGGCACUCCAAUGGAACGCUGACUCGCCAAGAAUGAAGGGUACACUGAUUGGACAAUUGGAACCCGAUCGGGAUUUGCCAUGUUUGAUUGCCAUUCGAGAUGGUGUCGUCGUAAAUGUCUGCCCAAACUUGCGUGAAUUCUCCCACAGUCGAGAUGGGGAAGGGGAAAUCGAGUCUCAUGCGGUGGAGCGGUGGUUGAAUCAAACUGGAGUUUUGAUUGCUCGUGCGCCGCCUGUUGAAACCUUGUGUUAUGUCCGACCCGAAGAAGAUGCUUUGAACUCGUAUUUGGGAGCUAAUACCAACAUCAGUAGCAAGAAGGCCGCCAGUGAAAAAGCGGAGAUUGACUAUUAUUGCUGUGGUCUUGAGGGAUGCCAAAAGACCUUUUACCACGAGCACGUUGGUGUGGAAACAUCCGAACAAUCUGGAUUGGUGGUGAAAGAAGAGACUGUGUUGGAAACUGAGAAUUAG